AAGUAUAACUACUACUGAACCAUAUUUCUCUUGCGCAUUCCACAUUUAUCAGUUAAUCGGCAUUGCAUACUUUGCCUAGCUUGUUUGAUACAUUGUCGUAUCCGGCCUUACUGAAAGACAGCUAGCUUGCAAUGGAAGCGGUGACAAAGAUGGCGUCCGAGAGACCAGUGGUGAUCUUCAGCAAGAGCUCAUGCUGCAUGAGCCACUCAAUUAAGACCUUGCUUUGCGAUUUUGGGGUAAACCCAGCAGUGUACGAGCUGGAUGAGAUGCAAAGAGGAAGAGAAAUAGAGCAAGCUCUUAAUUCAAGGCUCGGAUGCAAUCCAUCUGUUCCGGCUGUAUUCAUUGGUGGUGAGUUUGUUGGCGGAGCCAACGAGGUCAUGAGUCUUCAUCUCAAGCGCUCCUUAAUCCCCAUGCUUAAACGCGUCGGUGCAUUGUGGGUUUGAUCGAUCAAUUUAAUCAUCAUCAAGUUAACUAAUUAAGCACGUGCUCAUUAAGAAUCUUAUUUAGUCAUGCAUGCAUAAGAGAUAUACGAGUGCCGGAUGAUAAUAUAUGGCAUAUAGAGCCUGUGAGAGUUUUCCAAUAAGGCUACUAUUGCUACUUACAGUAAUUAGUAUCAAGUACUCUUACUAGCUUGAAAGGGUUCUUAUAGCUUUUUUGUAAUCCAUUAUAAUGUAGCACACUUCGUGUUAUUU